UCAUAUGACUAGACUGUAAAUGUCUAGGUAUCCCGAGGUCCUAAUCAAACUGUUGUGAUAACCACAUUGCAUGGGGCGGACUGACAACUCAUGGGGCCCCCGGGCAAUAGGGAAUCAUGGGGCCCCUGUGUCCUUGCCCAAACUCACAAAAGCCUAUGAAAAAGGUACCAGGGGCAUCUCAUGGGGCCCCCUACUGACCCCGGGCCCUCGGGCAGUGCCCGACUUUCCAAAUGGUCAGUCCGCCCCUGUGCAC